UAAAAGUGGUCGGCGUGCGUGUGUGUGCUUCGUUUUUUUCCGGAAUUUUGGCUGAAAAUCCCCGAAUUUUGUGUCGGAAAAACGGUUUUCCCUCCCCCAACAGUGUUCCGCAUUGGGCAAAUAUCGAGUUUGGCGUGGAAAAUACGAAAUAAUACCGUAUUUCACCGAAUCUCUCCUCGGUCGACGAGCGCGUGCCUUUUCGCGUCAUUUUCGUGUGUGUGUGCGUGUGCGUCUGGGUGAAUCAAAAUCCGUUGAUUCCGGUAUCUCGAAUAGUGUCCCCGAAAACAAGUAGACAUGUCCCAAAAAACCAAAACGCGCUCCGGCGUGUCCACCCCGGUGCCCUUCACGAGCACCCCGCUGCAGGGAGAGGGGGGUGCCUCCUCCCGGCAACGCCCGGCCAGCCCCCUGAGUCCGACGCGUCUUUCCCGGCUUCAGGAGAAGGCUGACCUGCAGGGCCUGAACGACCGGCUGGCCGCCUACAUCGACCGGGUGCGCUUCCUGGAGCAGGAAAAUACGCGCCUCUCGACCGAGGUCACCACCUCGCAGGAAAUCGUCACCCGGGAAAUCACCAACGUCAAGUCCAUGUACGAGCGCGAGCUAUCCGACGCCCGCAAGCUGCUGGACGAAACAUCCCGGGAACGGGCCAAGCUGGAGAUGGAUGCCAAGCGCCUCUGGGAGGAGAACGAAGAUCUGAAGAGACGAUUGGAGCGAAAGACGAAAGAAGCGGCCGAUGCGGAGCGUAACGGACGGGCUCAGGAAGCGCGCGCCAAUGAAAUCUCGGGCAAAUACAACACUCUCCUGUCGGAGCACAAGAAGACGAAGGACGAGCAGAAGGAGCUGGAGAAGGAGUUAGCGAAAUUGAAGAAGCAGCUCGAUACCGCCCGCAAGAACCUGGAGGAGGAAACGCUAGCACGCGUCGAUCUGGAAAACACCGUUCAAAGUCUACGCGAAGAGCUGACGUUCAAGGACCAGAUUCACCAACAGGAAGUCAAUGAAACGAAGAACCGUCGUCAAAUUGACAUCACUGAAAUUGACGGUGCGCUCUCGCAGCAGUACGAGGCGAAGCUGCAGCAAACGCUGCAUGAUCUGCGCCAGGAGUAUGAUGAUCAGCUGCGUAUCAAUCGCUCGGAAAUUUCCGAUCUGUACGAAACACGCCUGCGUGAUCUUGAGGCGCAGAUGAACUUGGAACGAGUGCGCCACGCGGAGGAAAAGUCCAAGUUGAUGGAAGAACUUGAGCGCAUGCGCAAGGAGAUAUCUUUGCAACUCCAAGAGUACCAGGACCUAAUGGACAUCAAGAUUACACUGGACAUGGAAAUUGCAGCUUACGACAGACUGCUGUCGUCGGAGGAGACCCGCAUGCACAUCAAUCCCGGCAGCUCGACUUCCAUCUUCUCCUCUAGCUCGUCGCGCAGUGGUGCCGUCCGUCGAACGCCUAGCCGUGCUGCGGCCAAACGCAAGCGCACGGUAUUGGAUGAAUCGGAUGAGCGCAGUGUUUCCGAUUACUCGGUGACUUCUUCCGCUAAAGGUGACAUCGAGAUUGUGGAAUCGGAUCCAGAGGGAAAGUUUGUGAAGCUACACAACAAAUCAGCAAAGGAAGUUCAAAUUGGUGGAUGGACGCUGAUCCGUAAGGUCGGUACCAAUGAAACAGUGUUCAAGUUCCAUCGUACUGUUAAGGUGGAUGGUGGUGCUUUUGUUACCGUUUGGUCGUCUGAUCUGGGCAAGGACCAUGAGCCUCCAUCCACGAUUGUCAUGAAGGGACAGAAAUGGUUCAGCGGCGACAGCAUGGUUACGCAGCUGCUGAACGCUGAUGGAGAGGAGGUCGCAGCUUCGGAACGUGUGAAACGGGUUGUGUCCACUUCAGCCUCACGUCACCGCGAGUAUUUGGGAAAUUAUGGCGCAGAGGAGCUCUAUCACCAACAGGGAGAGCCGCGAGGUGAUGAAAAAUGUCGCAUCAUGUGAAACCACCUCCCCAACACCCCGGAAACAGGCUUCACAGACUAAACAAUGGAUGAUCCUGUAAAAUUUUAUAUUUGUAAAGAUUAUCUUUGUUCGCCUGUCGGAGAAGGUGAACGAAUUAAGAAAAUAAUUUAACGAAAACCCGUGCUAUCCCGCGAACCAUCGUUAUCAUCACAUUUCAGAUGGGUCGGAGCGAAACGUGUUCUUGUGAAUUUUGAAUCUAAUAUUAUCUAACAAACUACCGUGCGUUACAAAAACACAUCUGGAACAUUGCUUCCUGAAGUACAGAUGAUUGAAUUACAGCUAGAGCACGGUGGCAUUUGUGUGCUUGCCUGUACUCUAAUGUUUAGUACAUGGUACAGCCGGCAGUGGCGAAUCAGCUAUCGUCGCAUUAUUUAAAUCCUUUGCAAAAUUCCAAGUCACAAUCGAGUUGUGCUUCGUGCGCAAAAGAAGUUUCUUUGGAAAUUAGAUGCAAUAACAGAGCAUACCAAACAAAAGCGCCGAGCACAGACAUCAGAGGCCUUUUCCUGUACUAUCGAUGAGUGUUGUGUUACAUUGUUGAACUGAGGUGCAAUGGUAGUAAUUUGCAGUCUCCAUAAUUGAUGGCAGGGAUCUUUGUACACUGAAACUCGGCAAACAUUAAUAGCAAAGCCAUAUUCUCUGACUUCGAUGUUAGGCGUGCAUUUACUGCGCAUGUGAAACCGAUAUGUGUUCGCACAAAAAAAGGCGUAAUGAGAAGAACAGGGAACAGUAGUUCGGAUGCGUAUAUCUUUGUUUUUUUUACGUGUCCCUCCUGGCCUGAUUUUGGUCGGUUCGUUCGUGUACGUUUUAAGUUUAAUACGUUGUAAGAAAACGCGUUUCGGUGCGGGUGCGAUCAGUUGUACGAUCGGAUUUAGCAAUUAUUUGACUAAUAACAGUAAUACACGUUAGGGACGGUGAUGCGAAACGUUCCGAUCAGAUCGCACCCAAGCCUAAUAAAUUUCAAUCUAUUGCUAACGUUUUAUUUCUCUACAUUCUACAAUAAUUUCCCUUUUGCGUUAAUAAAUGGUAUUCCCUGAGAACAAAAUCAAACCAUCUCACUCGCCGCACACAGAACAGAUCACUUCCAAUAGAAAUGCGCCGAAAAGAAAGAUUAACACCUAGUAAUAAUGCGCCACUCCUUUUGCGAGAGAGGGAGAGAGAGAUGCAGAACAGAAAAGGUUUAUAAUAAAAAACAUGCAAAAUUUCUAUAUCUGUA